CUUAGAGCGUUCGCUUGACUUUCUUAAUAGAGCAAAAAUGAGGACUAUGAAGUUAUGGUACUGUUUAGUUUUAUUUAUUACAAGUGAAAAAGGAGUUGUCAGAGGAGAUGAUUCCCGGUACCUGACAGGUUACGACGGCCUCAACUUCACCGGCGCCCACUACCAGUUCACCGAGUACACGCCCGACCUCAGCGUCGUGCAGAUGGACAAUUCCAUCGAAAGCCUCUGUAUUACGGGACAAUGGCAUGCCUACGACGCCGUGAACUAUGACCCAAACAUGACUCAAGCUGCAUGUCUAUGGCGGGGAGUGGGAUUCUGUUGGAACACUAGCUGCACGAACCAGAUAUCGUCGGUGAGGUACGCAGGAAGUCCGUACGGCCUCAACGACGACUACUACAACCUAUACGAGGGGACGUACUUCAGGGGCAAGGAGUUCAGGGGCAAUACAAACGCUGGCAAUUUAGGUGAACUGGAUAAGGCCGUCUCGUCGCUCGUCGUGACCGGACAGGCGGCAUGGACGUUCUUCACCGGCGUCGACUUUACGGGGUCCAGCUUGUGCGUGUACGCGGAUAAGCAUUUCACGGACGGUGUCAUAUCUUUUGAUACCACAUACUUCUUAAAUAUGGACGAGCUCGGCCUGCCCGACAACUCCAUCAGGUCCGUGGCGCGAGGCUGCCUCAGCGAGCGCGUGCUGGGCCAUCCCGGCGGUGAACCUGCGCCAUCCCGGCGGUGAACCUGGGCCAUCCCGGCGGUGAACCUGAGCCAUCCCGGCGGUGAACCUGGGCCAUCCCGGCGGUGAACGCGGCGGUCAAGAUGCCAGCAACUGAACAGUCAUGCGUGAUGUUCACUGCACGCAUGUAGGCUGUAUACGUGUGCUGAACAGUCAUGCGUGAUGU